GGUCGCUGCCCGGGCUGGGGCUGCGAGGCGUAUGGGAUAAAAUCUUUCCAGAGUAUUAAGCAUGGUUCGAGAACGAAAAUGCAUAUUGUGUCAUAUUGUAUACAACUCAAAAAAGGAGAUGGCAGAACACAUGAGAAGCAUGCUUCACCACAGAGAGCUUGAAAACCUUAAGGGAAGGGACAGCAACCAUGAGUGCCAGGUGUGCAGGGUGACACUGGUGGGCUUGUCAGCAUAUGCCAAGCACAUCUCCAGCCAGCUGCACAAAGACAAUGUUGAUGCCCAUGAUAGAAAAGAGGAAGAGAAAGAAGAGACAGAGGAAGAAUACCUUGACAAAGAACUCAUUCAGCUCAUCAAGCAAAGGAAGGAACGGAACCGGCAAGCAGAACCAUGCUGUGCAAACCCAGAGUUAGAGUGUGACGACAGGAGAUCGCAGAGAAGGCGAGAAGAGCGAGCUGCUUACAAAGAAAGAGAAGCUUAUGAUCAGUCAUCAUGGCAUCAUCAUAACCCAUCACAGAGGGACUGGAAAUGGGAAAAGGAUGAUUACAUCAGUCCUAGGCAAGGCAAAUUUUCACACUCUUCGAGGAACCUUAAUAUAAACAGACAUCCAGGUGGCCCGAGAGGACGCUCUGGAUGGCACCAGAAUAUUUCAGGAAACCCUUCAAAUCGGCAUAACUAUGGGAAUUCUGGAAAUGCUUGGCACCCGAGUGGGCGAGGAGGAGGAACAUCAAACUGGCAUCAUGGCACCAGAGGGAGAAAUCCUACCUGGCACUCAGAAGGAGCAGGUAAUUUUUCUAGCUGGAAUUCUAAGAGUUACAGAGGAAACUGGAAAUCUCAUGGUGCACAUGGCUGGAAUUUUGGAAACUCAGGAGAUGGAUAUUCAUUAGAUCCAGUUAAUUAUAAUAAGGAAAGAUAUACGUGGCAGUGGCAGGAGAAGGGCAACAUUGAUACUGCGCCAUACAGAGAUCGAAAUAAAAAGCAUGAGUCACUUGAUUUUACUAGUGAUAAACUUCCUUUUGAGGGAGCACUGGAUUUUGGUACUUCUAAACAACCAGAAACCAAAACUUCGAGAACCAGUGGAAAAAGUGGCAGUCCUUCCAGAGAGAAAACGUAUCGCUGGACUCCCUACCCAUCUCAGAAGGCUGCAGAGCAGCAGUCAUGGUCUGAAGAUAACGUUUCUAAAACUCCAGAGAAAAAAGAUUCUGCAUUUAUGCCUCCUACUGAUUCACCAAGGAAAGUAAAAGCAUGUGAAACCAAUGCAGGCCUCCCAAAACUUAAAAAAUGGGAAGCACCUUCUCAUUCUAAAGUAACCUCAGAUUACCUUGAUUCUUACAAGGUAAAGACAGACUAUUCUAGUGGUGAAAAGCCUGACAAAGGUGAUGGCAGAAGGAGUAAGAUGCCAUCUCUGAAAUCCCCUCUCCUGAAUAUCACAGACAUUAAGUCUUCUCCCCAAAAGCAGGACACAGAGAAUCUCUUAAAAAAUGUCAAGCUUUUGUUAUCCUCAACUAGUGGUGAACAGCAAAAUCAUUUGAACACACUGAACUUGGAAACUAAGACUUUCUCCUCUUAUGCAUCAAAGCCUCAGAGCACGUGUGCAGAUGACUUGCAAGGCAGCACAGAGGUGCCUGGCAGCAGCCCUGGAGAACCUAUUAACAACCUUGGUGAAACACAGCAAAAAAGUGAAAAACUGCAAUCCAGCCACUCCUCACAAAAUCCGCAUUUAGAUCCUUCCAAGGAUACAAGCAACCAGAAUAUGGAAGAAAUGGGGAAAGGCUCUCCCGAGAGCAAGUUCAGACUGGAUUCAUUAGAGGAUGUGAGUGAUGAUGAACUAGCAGAGAGUGAAAAAUCUGAAGCAAGAGUUGAAAAGCUGAGUUCUUUCAGAGUUGAAAAGCAGAGUUCUUCCAUCAGUUCUUGCUUACCCUGUGACGUUCCAGAUACUAAACCUGCUGCAUCGGAAAGGGAAGAUGAUGAAAAACCUGCUACUUCAGCUAUUACUUCUGCUGAUCAAAAGGAGUCUGCGUUUCAGAUGGAAUCCACAUCAUCUCCAUCAAACAAUCAGGACCCCUUGCAGGCAGAGGUAAAAAACACCCAGGAAGGAGAAGGUGAUGAGGAGUAUGUGAAGUCAAGCGACCAUUUUGAAAUGGAAGGUUUUGAAAAUCCUUCAGACCAGGAGCUACAGAAGGGAGGAAGCCAGUCCUGUGGCCUCCUUCCUGAUUUAAGCAAACUUGGUCUCCCCGCCUCUCUGCAAAGGGACCUGACACGACAUAUCAGUCUGAAGAGCAAAGCUGGGACGCAUCUUCCAGAGCCCAACCUCAACAACGCGCGUCGGAUUCGGAAUGUUAGUGGCCAUCGGAGAAGCGACACUGAGAAAGAGUCGGGGCUUAAGCCCACCCUCAGGCAGAUCCUUAGUGCUUCCCGGAGAAAUGUAAACUGGGAUCAAGUCAUCCAGCAGGUAACCAAGAAGAAACAGGAACUUGGCAAAGGUUUACCAAGGUUUGGCAUAGAAAUGGUGCCUCUUGUUCAAAAUGAGCAGGAGGGUCUGGAACUUGGCGAAGAGUCGGAUCUGUCUGCUCUGGAAGGAUUCCAGUGGGAAGGGGUUUCCUUAGCAGUGCCUGGGUCAGCGAGAAAACGCAGCUUUUCUGAGAGCAGCGUGAUUGUGGACCGAAAUCCUUCUGCUUAUAGCAUCUUCGGUGACCAAGCCAAAGCAAAAGAAAGUGAGCAAAGGCAAACUAGUUCCCCCAGCAACUCCCAUCACUUAACCUCUGGCUGUGAAGCAAGUGCUGACGCUGAGAGGGACUUUAAACGUGAGACGUCUUCUCUUCCUUUGCUGCCAUUUAUGCCUGAAAACACUGAAACUGGUGGAGAGCACCUGCAGGCAUCCUCUGGGGACACAGGCCUCGCAAAGCAAGAUCAGGAGAGCCCAGAUAAGAGAGCACCUCUCACUGAAAAACAGAAUGUACUGGAAAACUCUGGAGAAGAAAAUACUGUGGCUUCAAGUGGUGCCUUGGCUCUCGCAGCAUCUAAUAACAUAGAUGCAGCUACAGACAGUAGCUGCACAUCUGGUACAGAGCAGAAUGACAGCCAGGGAAUUGGAAAGAAACGAAGAGCAACAGGGGAGGGAUCCUCUCCUGAAAUACCCAGUCUAGAAAGAAAGAAUAAAAGGAGAAAAAUUAAAGGUAAAAAAGAGCGCUCCCAGGUGGACCAGUUGUUGGCCAUCUCUCUGAGGGAGGAGGAGUUGAGCAAGUCCCUGCACAGCGUGGACAGCAGCCUCUUGCAGGCCAGGGCUACCCUGCAGGCAGCUUAUGUUGAAGUUCAACGGUUCCUUGUGUUAAAGCAGCAGAUCACCAUGGAAAUGAGUGCGCUAAGAAGUCAGAGAAUCCAGGUCUUGCAGGGGCUACAAGAAACACUUGACCCUUCUGAACAGUUGGAGCAACUUCCCGGCAGCAACUCUGCUGAAAGAAGAAAUAGCAAAUCUCAGAUGGGAACUGAGUUAACUCCUGCAGGCUCCUUUCUGCCCCCUUUGGACACUUUGUCUCCUUCUGUACCUCCACUGGCAGCCUCUGUCCAUGUAAAUUCAUCAUUGCCAUUCCAGUCUUCUGCUAGCAUCACACCCACCACUCCUCCCGACUCCUCCAUACAAGUUAAACGAGAGCCCAUGUCUCCAAAAGUUUCAGAAGAAAAUGUGAAUUCUGUGCUCCAGACUUCUUCAUGUGUUUCACAAGCAGAAAUGCUGGAGCAGAAGGAUGAAGAGAUCAGCCAGAAAACUCCAGUGUACCCAAUCAUCUCUGCAACUGUAUCCCUGUCGGAGCUGCCAGGCUGUUUCCAACACGCUAAUCAAGAUGCUCGCAAGGCUGCUGUGGAGAGAGGAAAGGCAGGACGCCCCGAGAACUCUUCCUCUCCGUCUGGUUUCUGCAGGAGAGAAGGAAUUCAAACAGUGCCUGAGAGCUUUUUAGCAGAGCAGUGUAUCACUUCUCUGCCAAAUCAUUCAGCCCUUCUAGAAAUGCCAGUAGGUAAAAACCCCAAGCUGACAGCAGAGCUCUGUGAACAACAGACAGCAACCACUCUGACACCAGCAGAAAAGGGGAACAGGAGAAGGAGAAAGUUAAGGAAGAAGAAAACCCUGAGGGCAGCUCAUGUGCCAGAGAACAGUGAUACAGAACAGGAUGUAAUCGACUCUAAGCCCGUCAGGAAAGUCAAGAGUGGAAAGGUCCCUAAAGGGGACAAGGUUACUACGUCCACUCCUCCAAGACAGGAGGAUGGGGGGCCUGCACAGACAGCAAGAAGCAAGGAUGAGAACGACAGUGAUUCUUCUUUGGAACUGGUGGAACUUGCAACCCCUCAGUGUGAGGUGCUUGACGUUGGUUCAUCCGUGUCAGGAGAUGAGAAACCAGACAGCCCAUCUAAGAGGGGUUCACGCAGCUCCGUUGACCAGGCAGUCCUAGAGGCCUCUUGCUCUGGUUAUGAUGAAGUGAGCUCGACCAGUGAGAUUGGCACAAAUUACAGGGAUGAUGUGAAAAAAAGUGUGGCUGAGACACAGACUUCCAUAUCAUCACUAAGAGGCUCAAAGAACUCCUCAGAAGUAUCUUCAGAGCCAGGUGAGGAUGAAGAACCUACAGAGGGGAGCUUUGAAGGACACCUGGCUGCAGUGAAUGCUAUUCAGAUUUUUGGGAAUUUGUUAUACACCUGCUCAGCAGACAAAACUGUUUGUGCCUACAAUCUGGUUAGCAGGAAGUGUGUAGCUGUCUUUGAAGGCCAUACUUCAAAAGUGAACUGCCUACUCGUCACUCAGACAAAUGGGAAGAAUGCAGCGCUCUACACUGGCUCAAGUGACCACACUAUCAAUUGUUACAAUAUCAAGACCAGAGAGUGCAUGGAGCAGUUUAGACUGGAAGAUCGAGUGCUCUGUUUGCACAGUAGAUGGCGGAUCCUUUAUGCUGGCCUUGCAAAUGGCAGCGUGGUUACUUUCAGCAUAAAGAACAACAAGCAAGUGGACACCUUUGAGUGCCACGGCCCUAGAGCAGUGAGCUGCCUCGCCACGGCUCAGGAGGGAGCCCGCAAGCUGCUCGUGGUGGGUUCCUACGACUGCACCAUCAGCGUGCGAGACGCGCGCAACGGGCUGCUCCUGCGCACGCUCGAAGGCCACAGCAAGACCAUCCUCUGCAUGAAGGUUGUGAAUGAUCUGGUAUUCAGUGGCUCCAGCGAUCAGUCUGUCCAUGCUCACAACAUUCACACUGGAGAGCUGGUGCGCAUCUAUAAAGGCCAUAACCACGCAGUAACAGUUGUGAACAUCCUGGGGAAGGUGAUGGUGACUGCCUGCCUGGAUAAAUUUGUUCGUGUUUAUGAACUACAGUCACAUGACCGCUUGCAAGUCUAUGGAGGCCACACAGACAUGAUCAUGUGCAUGACCAUCCAUAAGAGCAUGAUCUACACUGGAUGCUAUGAUGGUAGUGUCAGAGCUGUGAGGCUUAACCUGAUGCAGAAUUAUCGUUGCUGGUGGCAUGGAUGUUCGCUGAUUUUCGGAGUUGUGGACCAUCUGAAACAACACUUGCUAACUGACCACACCAACCCAAAUUUUCAGACCCUAAAGUGUCGUUGGAAGAACUGUGAUGCCUUCUUUACUUCCAGGAAAGGUUCCAAGCAGGAUGCGGUAGGACACAUUGAAAGACAUGCUGAGGAUGACAGCAGGAUUGAUUCAUGAAGCUUUUCACCUCCCACAUUGGGAAGUAAUUUUAUACAUCAGAAUUAUUCCAAAUAACACCCAUUUCUUCAACCUUUCCUUAUUUUCUUUUCCAAUUUGGAAUGCAAAACGGUAGUGGGGCUCGAAGGCCUUGCUGCAGAGACUGCAGAUUGUGUUGCACUCUGUAGAAAUAAGGCUGGUCUGUUAAGACUUGGCCCAAAUGGAAGAUUAUUGCAAGUUUUUAAUGCAUUGACAGAUAAGAAUAUUCCCCCCUCUUGUCUGCCUUGGUUUUUUGAAGAAGUGUAUUCUGAGAGUCUUUUGCAAGUCCAGAGGGGUGUUGAGAUUACAAUGAGUGCUGAUGUUUGCAAACUCACUUUAAAACCUGUUCAGUGUCUAAUUAAGACAUGUCUGUUUUUAUGUUGUAUCCAGUUUUUUAGCCAAUUUUAAUAAAAUUCUGCAAAUAGAAUAUCACAAAUUUUGAAAGUGCAACCUGAAUGUCCAGUGUACAUUUUGGCUUUCUUCAUAAGAAAAAAACCAAGGUAUUUUAUGGAGAGCUGGAAUAAAUUAAUUUUUUUAUAUUACUCUAAUUUAUGCCUAUUUUUAUUCUUUGUCUAGAAAGUGCUACAACUGGCACAAUAUCUGCAGACUGCCCUCAAAAUUCUGCCUCCUGAGGUGGUUUUAGAGGAAAGCAGUCACUUCUUGAAGAGAUGUGCCAGUAGAAACAAAACAAACCUGACAGGGGCUGCACUAGCCCACCUGGUCACUUGAAUCUCCUGAAAUAUAGGUACCUUUGUACAAAAAAAAAGAGGAACUAGUAUCAACUCUUUAGCUUUACAAUUAAAUACCAGCAAAAUCACUGCUAUCUUGAUACAACAUAAGUUGGAUUCCUGGUUUUAUUUGGUAGCUCAUCUUGCCAAAUUAUCCCAUCAGUGGGAUCAGGUAGGGAAUCUUAACCACUGACCUUGUAGUCCUGUAUCUUCGUGGCAUCGCAAACUAACAGAACUGUAAUGGCAUGAAGUGUCCAAGUGCAUCCACUUCGGAGUUGUAUUUCUGUUGUGUUGAAGCAGGAUUUCAAGCAGAGGCUGGGGUUGCAAAAUGCACGUCACAUGGGGAAGAAUUGUUUCCACUGAUGCAUAUCAUGUACCACAGAGAAGCUGCUGCAGAGUGCAAGACACUUUCUACUGCCCAGGGCUCCUUUGCAGUUGCCCCUGGGGGUGGCAAACCUAAUUUGUCCACAAGGGCAGUGAAACACUUUUUUUUCCAUUACAGAUGUUAUCUUAAAUAACACGACUUUUAGCAAAGAGCCUUUUGUUCCCUUUUGCCUAACCUGCAGCUGAGAAUAAAAAAUCAGAGGUUCUUUCAAACUGUAUGCAGAAGAUAAAAAUAACCCAGUCUCCAAACUGUGAGUUGCUUAUAAAUUCUUCUAGUGAUUUGCAAAUCAGUAGAAUGUACUCAUUUUACUAGAUGUUGCAUUCACUACUAGUUUGAGGCUCAGACACACCAACCUCAGACAAAAUAUGUUUUAUAGCCUUGUUCUUUGAUCACAAAGAAACCUUUUAAGGCCAAGAAGUGACGGAGGAAGCCCGUGGGGCUGCUCGGCCACUAACCAGGAGACUUCAGGGCCUUCUCUGAAGUAACCUGCUUCUACAUUGCCCCCGCUGAGGAGUGUAACUUCUCUGCAGUUACUUGACAUUCAUGUGUUUUCUUCUCAAGAGAGGUAGGGGUAAGCUAGGAAUGAGGUACAGUAGCAUCCUAUGUCAAACACAUAGGAAUCCUCAUGCUUCCAAAGCCCUGCUGUGGUUUUUUUAUGUUUGUUUGUUUUGUGGGAGUUUUCUUGUUAAACUCUUUGGGAGCAGGCAAAGAAAACCAGUAUGCGACUCAGACCUAGUCUGAGGGAUUUUUAGACGUAUAAAUCAUUUCCAAAACUAUUGAUAUUUGAGAAUUUUUGAACCAUAAAGAGGGAGCAUGUGAAGGUACGAAAUAGUGUGAACUUUUCC